AUGUCUGAGCUCGGGCUCACCGAUCGCCUGAAGCUGCUGCAGUUAAAACGGGCUGAAUCAAGCUCAAUCGUGCAGACGCGGAAACGCAAACUACGAGAGCUUUACGCUGUUGCGACCGAUGAGAAUGCUCUCCCAAACCAUGACUUUAGCGACCCCGACGCACCACCUACCCGGCCCGACGAAGCAAAGUUUUUGAAUGAUUGUGAUAUCCUCAAGGGUCGAAGGCUCAACGACCUGAACAUUCCUGCCCUGCGAAAGCGCCUCUUUACUCUCCCUCCCUCUUCCGCUUCGGAUACGAUACCCGAAGGAAUCCCAGAGAGACCCCUCGAUGAUAGCUCACUGAAAGAUGAAGUCGACUUGCUUGUGCCGUCACAGCCAGCCCCAAAAGACCUUGCCGCCGAACAUGGUACGGCACCCGGUUCUGUUACCAACACUCAAGGGAACGUGGGCAAGUUACAGGCCUCGAAUGGAUCUAUCCAGGCAUUAAACUUCGGCCGUACAAAUGACCAUGUCGAGAAGGCCACCUUAGACCACGGAUCAUUGAGCAAACAACAGGAAGAUUCGCAACCGGCGGGGCGUGAUGCGAGCACUAGUUUCCGUGAUAUCCAGGCCGACACUUUGUCCUCCCCUGGUUCUACUGCUCAGUCGUUGACACCUGCGGUUCACGAUGUGUCGGCGAAUACCAGCCCCGACCAUGAAUGCCCACACGAACCAGAGAAGACGGACGAAGCGCCUACGGCAGAUCAACCGCUAGCCAACGGCUUGGUCAACGGCGAGAAGGAAAACCAUGUGACACGGGUAGUUCCAUCAACAGCACCGUCGCAAUCAGACACGGGAACCCUAUCGCCAACUAGCAGUGCGGAAGCGCAACUCCUUCAAGAGUCCGCGGCUGCCAGUGUUUUAGCACCUCAAGAUGGAACUCAAAAGGCGUUUCAUCCCAAGCCUCCAAGCACUGGACCUACGGCUGCAGACACCUCGACUCAUAGUGCUGAUAUCCAAGUUGGUUCCGGAGCAGACAAACCUAUUGCUUCGAGUGGCCCUGAUGUAGAGUCACAACCCAAGGAGGUUGGAGAUGCAUCGCAAUUCAUGGACAUUGACCAGCCAGAAACUGCUGGAGUGAACGGACCCGAUUCUAAGUCUGCAGAUGGAGCUAUUAAUCAAAGUGUUGCACGAGAGGUGCCAACGGAGGCCACGAGCAAGCAGGAACAGCCUUCAUUGCCCAGCCUGUUACCUCCUGCGAAACCCAUCGCUAGUGACUCUUCAGCCAAACCCCUAGGGAAUCCUGAUGCUGGCAAACAGUCACCGACAGCUUCAGAGGACGGACAUCAGGUAACAGGAGAUGUCGGCAAGGAGAUUACUGCAUCUCAAACUGCUUCGGCUUCUCAGCUCAAGCUUCUUGCCAACAAGGCUCAAGCGAAGCGCCGCAAGAGCAUCCCUACCGUCAUAUUUGGAAAACCACAGAACAGGAGAAAGUCCACAGAAAACAAGGACUCUGCGGUCGCUAACAGGCAGCGGCCGGGACAUAUUCCCACUGACGAUUACUUCACACCUCUCUUCAUCGAAGGCUUUACUCGUCAGUCGACGUGGAUGAAGCCUCUCGAAAAAUUACUUAACCAAGCACACAAGACCAUAUCCACCUCUGAUCAAUACAUCUCAAUACUUGACCAUCAAGCCUGCAAAAUUCUUCGUCGUGUCUAUCACUUGCAACAACACGACAAAUGGUCUCUGCGGCAACCAGUACGAUGUCCAGAGCCCGUUAGGCAGGCAUCUCACUGGGACGUCCUGCUUCAGGAAAUGAAGUGGAUGCGAACUGAUUUUCGUGAAGAGCGGAAAUGGAAGCGAGCAGUUGCUCGGAAUCUCGCAUACGCCUGCGCCGAAUGGGUUCAUUCCAGUCCUGAGGAACGACUGGCGCUCCAGGUGAACGCAGCCAUCCCACCGCGUUCAUCACAUAGGGACUCUGCCAGUCAAUCUGAUAGCGUUGAUGAGCCCGUUCCCGAUCUGGUGCAUUCGGAUUCGCCCAUGGAUGUUGAUGACGAGCAUUUGGAGACUUUGGUGGAAACAGUGGCUCCUACUGCCCUGUUUGCAUUAUCAGAAGACGAGUGUGUCUUUGCUCUGCAGCCUUCUAAGGCGGCAGAUCUUCUCCUGGAAAACCUGCCCCUGCAUAGCUCCCCUCUCCAAAUCCCCAAGUUUGAUAUUACGGGAUCAGAUUAUGACCCUGAUGCCAAGUGGAAGCGACCUGCCGUUCCUCUCAGCAAAUACGUUGAAGGCGAGAUGGUUCUGGCGAACAAAGGCCCUCCCCGAAAGCGUCGUCGUUACGACUAUCUCGCGGAAGAAGAUGACGAUGAGGAGGAGGUCACUUUUGGGCCCAAGCCGGACGACGGCGCUAUGCUGCAGCCAGAAAUUACCUCUGUGGCGCUAUUCUCUCCUGAAAUGAAGCCCAUCCGGGAUCGCCUGCAUGCUGCUCACCAGUUUCGGCCACCUACCGAGCAUCCGAUGCCUCCCCAGAGCUUCUAUGAAUGCCGGGUGGCUUCUCAGUGGACCUUGGCAGAGGACGAACAACUAAAAACUCUGGUCCGCGAGUGCUCGUACAACUGGUCGCUCAUCUCAACUCUGAUAUCUAGUCCAUCACGUUUCGUUUCUGGGGCUGAGCGACGCACGCCAUGGGAAUGUUUUGAGCGGUGGAUCAGUCUUGGAAGCUUAGAGGGUCUUCCCAAUGACAUGGCAAGAACCCCAUACUUCAAGAUGUACCAGGCGCGUAUCGAGGCCGCUCAGCGGAAUAUCGUCCAACAGAACCAAGCUGCUCAACAGCAGCAGCAGCAGCAGCAGCAGCAGCAGCAAGGACAGCAACCACAGCAACAAGGGCAGCAACAGCAGGCUGGUUCUAGUGGCUCUGCGGCUCCGCUCAUCAAGAGAAGACUGACCACAAGCAUUCGUGUUGAGCGUCGCCGCAAUCAAAAGCAUCUGGCUCUUAUUGAUGCCAUGAGGAAGCUGGCCAAGAAGCGUGAGACGGCAGCUCAAAAGGCCCAGCAUGCAGCCAAUCUGGCUGCUAUGCGCAAGGCCAAUGAGGUGCCCAAGCAACAAAUUAUUAACAAGACCCCUCGUGACUAUAGUCUUAUGAGGUGGGAGCGUGAUCAAGCACUUGCUGAGAGGAUGGCUGCGUAUGCCGCAAGGCAUGCCGAAGCUGCAAGAAGGCUGGGUCAUGGCGUACCAAUUCCCGGCACUCCUGGUGCGAUCCCUGUUCCGCAGGGCGCAGCUCAACUUGCGGCUGCCAAUUCUCUCAAUACUGCUGCGCGUCUCAACGUACCGGCACAGCUUGCGAUGGCUGCUGGGCAAAACCGCACGGCUGCACGUGUUCCCCUGCAGACACCUCCGGGGGCAGUCCCUGCUGCUGUCAUGCAAGCUCGACUCGCAGCUGGCGGACUUGUUCCACCUAUCCAGAUGGCUGGUCUCCCUCAAGCUCAGCUCCAAGCUAUGCAGGCCGCUGCCGCUGCUGCUCAACAUCGGGUGCCCAUGGUAUCGCCACAACCCGAUAUCAACCUCAUGCUUCAGGCCCGCUCAAUCCAGAACCAACAACGGGCGGCAAUUCAGCUACAACAACAGCAACAGGCCGCUCAGCAAGCUGCCCAACAGCAAGCCCAAGCCCAGCAGGCCAGCGCUCAGCAAACCCAGCAGGGCCAACAGCAGCCAGCAGUUACCCAGGCACCUCAGCAGCCACCGCAACAGACUCAGCAAGUACAGCAGCUCGCUCAAGCCGCUGGCUUACAAGCGGCUGCGGCGCCUCUCCGGAGUGUUAUGGCCGGAAUCAAUCAAGGAGCGUUUUUGACAAAUGCCCAGGCGAUGAUGGCACAAUUCAAUGCUGCCAGCGCCCCUGGGUUGGUCGGGUCCCCUGGUGCAGGAUUGAGUAUGCCACACCUGGCAGGAAGGGCGCCGGGCGGCUUCCUCAGCCAGCAGAUCCAGCAGCGACUUGCUGACCUGGAGAACCAUUACCGUACCAAGAAUCCACAGCUUCCGCCCGAGACCAUUCGGCAGCUUGCAACAGAGCAUUUGGGAAGGCUAAUUGUGCAAAGCCAACAGCAAGCUGCCAUGAAUGUUGCGGCAGGUGCUGUGGCCCAGCAACCGAUGAACAGUCCACAUCAAUAUGCAUCGCUUUUGCGAGCGCAGCAGGCUCAAGCUCAGGCACAAGCGCAAGCACAAGCCCAACAGGCGGCCGCUCAGCAAGCUGCUGCUCAGCAGGUCGCAGCACAACAGGUAGCUGCUGCUCAACAAGUUGCUGCGGCUCAACAGGUUGCUGCGGCUCAACAGGUUGCGACAGCACAGCAAGUCGUGGCGGCUCAGCAAGCAGCAGCAGCACAGCAACAAGCCGCGCAACAUCAGCGGCAACCAAGCGGGAGCGCGACUCCUGCUACGAAGUGA